AUGGAGUCUGCCUCAAGCGAAAACGAUGGUUCGGGCAACAUUCGCUUGCACAAGAGGCAGCGAACAGAUAAUAUACGCUCGGCGAUGGUGGAUUUCGAUGUACUUGAUUGCCCUAUCUGCUUCGAGCCACUCAAUAUUCCAAUAUUCCAGUGUGAUAAUGGGCAUUUGGCUUGCUCUUCUUGCUGUGCCGAACUGAGUGAUAAAUGCCCUUCUUGUACUUUGCCUAUCGGCCACAUUCGCUGCAGAGCAAUGGAGAGUGUUCUUGAAUCGAUUUUGAUCCCAUGCCAAAACGCCACGUUAGGUUGCGCUAAGAAAGUGUCUUAUGGGAAAGUAUCAACUCAUGAAAAAGAAUGUGCUUUCUCUCUGUGCUCCUGCCCUGUGCUAGACUGCAACUACACUGGACCAUACAAGGAUCUCUACGAUCACUAUAGAUUUACUCACCUGAAAGGUGACAGUAGACAAAGAGCGGAUAGUAUGUUCAAGUGUGGCGUUUCCUUUAGUGUCCAGAUGAACAUCAGUGAUAAGAUAUUAAUCAAAAGGGAGGGUGUGAAGAAACUACUGUUUGUGGUGCAGUGUAUUAAGGAGCCGUAUGGUGUGUAUGUAACUGUAAGUUGCAUUGCACCAUCUGCUUCAGAAGGUGGAGAGUUCUCGUAUGAUAUCUUCUACAAAAGUGAGGAUGGACACAUUAUGACUUACCAAUCACCAGAGGUGAAGAGGAUUCGUGAACUGAGUUUUCAAAUCCCUCAAAACAAUUUCAUGUUGAUCCCUCACAGUUUCUUGCGUGGUGACUUGUUGAAGAUGAAUGUUGUGAUUCAGAAAGUGGAAAUGUUUUGA